UUGAGUUAGGGCUUGGCUGUUCUAGUCCCACUAUGUUAUGUUCUAUUGGGCAGAAGUUUUCCUCCUUAUAGAUUUACUUUCCUAUGCCGCCAUGUCGUAGCGUGUUUCAGAACAAGGUCUUUAUAAACAAAAUACAUACCAUUGUUUGAAAUGUACAGGCCUUCAACUAAAGACUAAACGGAUGACUGCGUUUCAUGGUUAUACCACCGAUAUCAAUCGCGCGGUCCAAGAAGCUCUCAGGGUCCAGUUAUCCAAUCAACAGACAAAGAAAAUGACCUUUCAUACCUAUGUGAAUAUCCCAGACAGCACGGGUUUCAAUUCAUCAGACUCUAAUCUGACUAUGUAUUCAUCGAUACAAAAAGAUUCCAACAUUUCUGAAAACACAUCUUUGUCGUCUGACAGCUACUGGAACAUUGCAGAGCCAGAUCCUAGAAAUAUAGCCACAGAAAGAAGACCAUUGCAUACACCAAAACACGUAGAUCUUACAAAUGUAGCCUCAAACAGAAGACCUUUGCCUACACCAAAACACGUAGAUCAACAUUUUUAUGGGAAAUCAUCAAACUCUGGAAUUUCUACAAAUAGGCCAUCAUCAUUUCAACAACAGACAGGCGAUCCAGCCAAAAACUUGGAAACAAGUCAAAAAGUUCAACGGGAUAGAAACUACAGAAGAUUAUUAAUUGUUGCUCUAGUGAUUGCAAUAAUCAUUGCCUGUUGUCUACUUCUCCUGGUCAUAUUACUGUCUGCUGGAGUCAUCAAUCAGUCAGCUACUGUACAAUAUCCAGUUUAUCAAACCUCCAUCAACCCGAAAGUAAACAGCUCACAACUACAAGGAACGGAAGAGAAGACAACUAGUGCUAAUAUCGUAACAGGGGAAGUAACCACAAAUCUUCAGCGCUAUACGUCUUCCAUUAGAUCUACGCCUGUCAUUAAAACCAAUGAAAUGGCCAAAUUAACCUAUCCCAGGAUUAUCAUCGGAAACUAACAACAUCCAUUUCUAAAUAUCCAUAUGUUGAAAACAGCAGGCUUUCUUUGACACUACAUAUCUUGACUAGUGGGAGAUUUAAAAAACGGUGGGAUUUUUGUUACAUUCCUAAGCAUAAACACACACAUAAACAUGUGACAAGUUGUACAGAAUAUUACUUUUUAAAAUAACGAACUAAGAACAAAAUCAAAUAUAAAAUGUGACUUCUUUAAAACUAACAAAAAAAAAAAAAAAAAAAAACAAGUCCUCCUUUGUACAGCUUAGAGAGUGAUUAGUUUGUUCUUAAUAAUCAAAUGAAAGCUAGAUUUUAAAAAAGGUAAAAAAAUUCUCUGCCCCCCCCCCCCGGAACAAAAUAUCCCGGUUAAAGCGAAUGCUCAAAUCUAUUAUAUUUUAUAAGAUUACAAUGAUAGACCUAUAGGUCUGGGUAGAGAUAAAGAUAAUAAUUGUUGACCUCAAAUAAUUCUUCAUUAGUUUGACACGUAAGAAGCUUCUUUCGCCAGAUGUCACAACUACAGGUAAUGUUAAAAAGUAUUUAGGAAAGCAGUCUAUCUUUCAUUAGUAGACAUAAGCUAAAAUUUCUACCGGGGUCUUGACGGUAUUCGGUGGAAUAUGUCAUAAAGAUUCCAUUUCAACUACUAAUUCUCGCCCACACAUAUCUGCUGACUGGUCUGUUGAUGACGUCAAUGCUUGCUGGAGACUGCCGUAUGUCAUCACGCUAAAGGCUCUUAAAGAUCACAAGAAAUCAAAAUAAAUUGUGGUUUUGAUUUCAGCUGUUCAAAAUGUCGGAUUGCAAGGAUUGAAUUGUAGUGUCCACAGUUCUGUUGAAGCAAUUUAUCCUGUAGUCAUCUUCAGCAUUUCCAGGUGUGACGGUUUCCACAGAUUAAUCAAACUUCCUUUUGAUUUGACGUUUGGCUGGAAAGAUUGCAACAACUUCCAUGUUUUCAGCCAAUUCCAAGAAUCUGAACAAACCCAUCAACUCUCAGUUUCCUUAGUCAAGCCGUCAGUUCUUACUCACAAAAUUGACUUGGAAGAACACGUCGUACCAUAACACAAGUGAAACUAUUUUUUUAAAUUAUUAUCUUAGACUUUUUUAGUUGAAUUUGAUAGGGGUUAGAAGUAGGACGUUGACUGAGGUUACUGCACUUAGUGGUUUCAGUCAAUAUUUGGUUUGGUCAAUAUUUGGUUUGGUCAUUGUUCCCUUUCCCCCUCUGUAUUGAAAUAAAUAUUUACAAAUAACUUCAGUAAUGGUUGGUAAGGCAACAAGACAUGUCCACUAUAGCAAGGACACCAUCUAGAGCAUGGAAACAAAAGUCUGUCACACUGCCCCCCGCACAUCCCUAGCCCUACAUACAAUCACUUUGGUUUCUCAGCCGGAAUCACAAACACCCAUCUUUUUUUUUUCUGCACGGAGACAUACUUCUAGCAUCUUUUAUUUGGAACUGGGGCUUUCCUACACUACGAUACAUUCUAGUUUCACUAUUCCCCGCUUCGCCCUGCUCCCCCUCCCAAAAAAAUAAUAUAUACAUUCUCUGACCAUAAUCAGCAAUGUUUGGCAUCUCAAUUCAAUAUCGAAAUAUUUUGAAAGUUCUAUUUUGGUUUUCGGUCGAAACCUUGGGUGAAACCUUUUCUUUUUGCACCCUGCGCAUCGUAAUGCUCUCCCACAUAGACUUUUGAUCCAUGAACACUAUUAUCCUUAUGUCUACCCUCAACAACAAAAAUAAAACAACAAUUAAAAUAUUAAAAUACAUUUUUAAGAACAAAGCUUUCCUAAGAAGAAGAACUCCUAAUUUACAACAAUAUUUCUAAAAAAUGUAGAAGUGUCAAGAGCAGGGGUGUUUAAGAUAUGAGAUUGUAUGUGUGUUUGUUUAUUUUAUUAUUUGUCUGUUGUGAUCUGUUUUAUCACGGGGUCUUCAAGGGGGGUAAUAAUUGUAUCCAGUGAUCAGUCUAAUCAGUUGGAGAGCUGAACUGGUCUGAGUAGUGUGUUGAUGGUUGUUUUUGAUUAUUCUGUUUAGAGUAAGGAGAUAUUAUUCUGUGUGUGGAUUGCAUAUUUUGGGAAAGAUUUUAAAAAAUGAAUUUAAUUCAACAGAAAACAGAUCAGUGUUAGCCUUGAUUUGAUCUUUGUUCAAUGCAAAUGUGGAAAGUCUCCAGGAGCAACAUUAACAUUGCCUUGACUGAAAUGUGCAAAUAAUUCAGUGGAACUCUUCCAUUCAUUUUGAUCUCAGUGGAAAUGUUACGCAAUUCACCACAAAGUUGACACUAUCUAAUAGAUCUUCACGCUGAAUGUCUUAGUUCACUUCCACUUCCACUGAACAUUGAACUUCACUAUUUCUUAUCUGUGCAGGAGACUUUUUAACCGUCAUCAUUCAGGCGCCUGUUGAUCCGCUUUCUUACAUUCAAAAUUUAAUUUUUUCUAUUUCCGCAAAGUGCGUUGCGUCUCUCCCAAUCGCAAAAAUUUCGUUCUCAAAUUUCAAAGAUUCCUUCGGGUCCGGGAUGAACUUCCUGCGACGCCGGUUUUCUUCUGGGGAUCUCCAGGGAGAGGCAAACGAAAAAGAAGAUCCACCUCUCGUUGGAGCCCUCAAUUUUAAGAAAGGUCCAAGCCCUAGUGCUCCCAAUUCCCCGAGUAAGAGCGCCCCUAGUGGCAACAUUGGACAAAGGUUUUUUUCAUCGACAGCCAAGCCUACCAUUAACAAAGAUCGAUGCAAAACGCUUCUGGUAAUCGAUGAUGAGCACACGGACUGGUCAAAAUAUUUUAGAGGCAAAAAACUUUUUGGUGACUGGGACAUUAGAGUGGAACAAGCCCAAUUUUCAGAACUCAAUUUAGCAGCAUAUUCAGACAGUGGAGCUAUGGUGGACAUUCAAGUCACAAGAAAUGGCAAUAAAGUAGUUAGAUCUUUCAAGCCAGACUUUUUAUUAAUACGUCAACAUGUCAGAGACGCUCAUGAAGACUGGAGAAAUUUAUUGUUAGGUUUUAAAUACGGAGCCAUUCCAAGUGUGAACUCUUUAAGUGCGGAGUACAAUUUCCUGGAUAAACCUUGGGUGUUUGCCCAGUUGAUAGACAUCCAGAAGAGACUAGGUAAGGAUGUGUUCCCAUUGAUAGAGCAGGCGUACUACCCCAACCACAAGGAAAUGGUGAGUAAUAUGUGGCUUAUCACGCCCAAAUUUCCAGUGGUGGUCAAGAUUGGACAUGCACAUUCUGGACUUGGAAAGGUCAGAAUAGCCAAUCACUACGACUUCCAAGAUCUGGCUGGGGUAGUAGCUGUAACAAAAGGUUAUUCCACCACAGAACCUUUCAUUGAUGCCAAGUAUGAUCUACACAUACAAAAGAUAGGGAACUCAUACAAGGCCUUUAUGAGAAAGUCUCUAUCCGGCAAUUGGAAAGCUAAUACAGGAUCGGCUAUGUUGGAACAAAUUGCAAUGAAUGAAAGGUUUAAGCUUUGGGUGGAUGAGUGUAGUCAAUUGUUUGGAGGUUUGGAUCUAGUGGCAGUUGAGGCUAUACAGGGAAAGGAUGGCAAGGAACACAUCAUUGAGGUGAACGGCUCGUCCAUGACCUUGCUAGGAGAAGCUCAAGAAGAAGACAGACGCCUGAUUGCAGAGCUGGUGCUAGCCAAAAUGCAGACGAUGUGCAAGCCAGUUUCUAUGUCCUUAAGUAAAGCUACUAGCAGUCACGCCAUUAUGCAUCAGAUGAACGGUAGUCCACAAAAUCAGGCAUCAUCAAGUCCAUCUGUUAAACCUCCACAGAAUCGGCCUGCUGAUGGGUUAUUACAACAGUCACCGAAUCAAUCACGUGGUCCUCCUGGUCAUCAACCAUCUCACAUGAGCAAUCCACCACCUCAGCCAUUUCCAGCUCCCAAUGCUGCACCUCCAGGACUUGCUCGAAUGGGGAGCAGAGAUGAGGAAGACACCAUGAAAAAUUUGAGGAAAACGUUUGCUGGAAUUUUCGGCGACAUGUAGUCAAUAUCUUCAUUUCAUACUUUGAUACUGCACGCAGGAUAGAAUCGCAAAAUGUGUUCAUGGUGGCCGAAUAUGUUGUCUGGAUUUUUUUAAAAAUCGAGUAAAACAUUACCAUCAAUUGAUAAUCAACCAUAAGUUUUAGAGGCAGACAUUAGGCAGUUGGGUGGCUGUUUGAAAUAUUUGACCACAGACAUUUUUUCAACGAAAAUGUAAUAUGAGAGAUUGGUGAUACUUGAAAAUCAAAGGAAAUGCAAUAUCCAAAUACAUUGCUCAAAUUUUUCCAACGAGAGAACACUAGAGAGUAAUAACUUGUAUAAUUGUAUAAUUAGAUCAAAUCGUAUUUUAUGAGUAAGCGUGCAGUUAUAGUUAGGCCAUGAACUUUUUACUUGGUAUACAUAUUUAGUGUUUCUAGUGUUGUAGCUCAGUGCGCUGAAUGUCUCUUAGAAAUGUCGCAGUAGUCAAGUUUUAAAAUAGACUCUUUCAUUGCUCAAUUUUUUUAAAAAUCCUCUCGUACAUUCUUUAAGCUGUUUUAAACUGGUCUUGUUAAAAACAAAAUAAUUAAGAAACAUUUGUUUAAUUGAUUUCUAUUUCACUGGGAACAAUUAAAUUCUAUGCAUUACAUGGUCCCAUUGGGACCUUUAGCACAUUUUGCACAGCGCAGCGACAAGUCGUUCAUCAAAACUAAACACUGGACGUCCUGAAGUUUCCAUUGCUACACAUUGAGUCUAUGCAAGUAGAUUUGGGGGGGGGGGGAGCUGGACUACAAAGAAAACUGACAGUUAAUUCUAAAAAUGUUGUAAUAGUUUGUCAUGAUUCUAGAAUUGAAAACUAGUGUAGUGACUGCUUGAACUGGCUUACAAAUCAGUCAGCAUCAAACAGGCGAGUUUCAUUUAAAAACAAAGAGCAUGCUAGUUAUUUAUUACCGAACUGCUCAGGAGAAUAAGUUUUAUUUUGUAAGUCCUUGAUGCACAUAUUUCCUCAGCCUUUAGUCUUUACCUAUUCUAGAUAUCUCGAUCAGUUUCGGGUUUAUUGAAUCUCCAAUUGUACGUUUGCUGAAAAUUGAAUAUAUCUACACUCCAUAGUUACUCAACUAAAUACAAUGCAUAGUAUACCUUCUAUCAGUGAGACUGACUAAUUGUUGCAUCUAUAGACAUUUUGUUUUCUCAACACAAGUGACUGCACUACAACCCACUUGAUUAUUCUAGAUGAGUCAAUAGUUGAUUGCUAUGGUAUCCAAACCUUUGGUUUAGUGAAUGUGCCCAACCUUUGUUCGAGGAAGGUAAUAAGGAUAUAAGAAACUUGAUCAUAGCUUGCGAUCAGCACAACAUGCUAUUGAAUGUCUACAUUAUAAUUGUAUUUAUUCUGUUUGUAUAUAGUCUAGUUUAUUUGAACAUUGAUGUUCUUUCUUUGUGAUUUCAUUACUAAUAGAUCUAGCUAGUUGAUACAAUUCUAUCUCAAACAUUUUGUGACCAGUUCCUGUAACCGAUGUACAAGCAUUGAUUAUACAUGCUUAGUAAAAAACUCAAUAUGUGUAAUAUUUGCUUGAAAUCUAGAUUCAUAAAAAAAGUUCUUCGAAUAUAGAGCUACUAAGCAUAUAAAAAGAUGUAAACAAAAAGCGUACUUCACUUAAAAGGGAUAGUUCUACGCAACAUGUAGAAUGUGACUACUGUCCCCUGAACAGCCUAUAUUAUUAUAGUUCAAUAUUGGAUGCUCUAUGACUGAGUUACUGUCAUUAUUGUGUGAAGGUAUAUCUGCGACAGUUUAGUAUGUAUGUAUGUAUGCAAAAGAGAGAGGGAGAGAGAGAGAGAGAGAGAGAGAAGGAAUGUAUAUAAUAAAUAAUCAAAGCCUCACAUUUCUGCUGCAUCGACGCAGUUACAAAACGCUUAUAGACAAUAUGACAAAAUGUUGACCUCUGUAUACAAACUAGAAAGAAAACCCCAGAAAGAAUAUUGUCUGAGUUAAACCCAAGACUUACUCAGAGAUUUGGGACAGCUAGUUUUUGUAGGACAUCUAAUGAAAAGCUGAAGAGUGAGUAGGCAUAAUGACUACUCAGCAUGCAGCGACCAUGGUGCUUCUAGAUCUAAAUUCUGGGUAAAACAAAAAGUAACGAUCACAGUUCCAGAGUAUGAACAUCUUUGACUUUUACGUCUGCUAAAAAAAACAUUUUUUGUUUCUAGAUUUUAGUUAUGUCUCACAGUUCUACCACCUAUGUAGUUAGUGAUUUGAAACAAAAGGCAAGUACAAAAAAAUUAAAAAUUACUUUUUAAAAAACAAAGCUUAUAAUAAGUGUAAUAAGUGUAAUAAGUGUGAGUUCAUAGAAACGUUAUAACAAGGGUAAAUAACCCUAAAUCUAACGAAUGUAUGAAAUACAUACACUGGAGUAUAGUUCCACUAUUGUUAAAACCAACAAACAAAAGAGAAAGAAAAGAGGAAACGUAUUUCAUUCCUUAGGUCAAACCUAGCUAGGGAAGAAAUACAACAUCGUGGUGUGGAAAGGAAUGCUAGUUGUAAGUGUGUGUUGAUGGUGUGGAAAGGAAUGCUAGUUGUAAGUGUGUGUUGAUGGUGUGGAAAGGAAUGCUAGUUGUAAGUGUGUGUUGAUGGUGUGGAAAGGAAUGCUAGUUGUGUGUGUUGAUGGCGUGGAAAGGAAUGCUAGUUGUAAGUGUGUGUUGAUGGUGUGGAAAGGAAUGCUAGUUGUAAGUGUGUGUUGAUGGUGUGGAAAGGAAUGCUAGUUGUGUGUGUUGAUGGUGUGGAAAGGAAUGCUAGUUGUAAGUGUGUGUUGAUGGUGUGGAAAGGAAUGCUAGUUGUAAUUAUGUGUUGAUGGUGUGGAAAGGAAUGCUAGUUGUAAGUGUGUGUUGAUGGUGUGGAAAGGAAUGCUAGUUGUGUGUGUUGAUGGCGUGGAAAGGAAUGCUAGUUGUAAGUGUGUGUUGAUGGUGUGGAAAGGAAUGCUAGUUGUAAGUGUGUGUUGAUGGUGUGGAAAGGAAUGCUAGUUGUAAGUGUGUAUUGAUGGUGUGGAAAGGAAUGCUAGUUGUGUGUGUUGAUGGCGUGGAAAGUAAUGCUAGUUGUAAGUGUGUGUUGAUGUUGUGGAAAGGAAUGCUAGUUGUAAGUGUGUGUUGAUGGUGUGGAAAGGAAUGCUAGUUGUGUGUGUUGAUGGUGUGGAAAGGAAUGCUAGUUGUAAGUGUGUGUUGAUGGUUUGGAAAGGAAUGCUAGUUGUAAGUGUGUGUUGAUGGUGUGGAAAGGAAUGCUAGUUGUGUGUGUUGCUGGUGUGGAAAGGAAUGCUAGUUGUAAGUGUGUGUUGAUGGCGUGGAAAGGAAUGCUAGUUGUAAGUGUGUGUUGAUGGUGUGGAAAGGAAUGCUAGUUGUGUGUGUUGAUGGUGUGGAAAGGAAUGCUAGUUGUAAGUGUGUGUUGAUGGCGUGGAAAGGAAUGUUAGUUGUGUGUGUUGAUGGCGUGGAAAGGAAUGCUAGUUGUAUGAGUAUGAAGAGUAUGUGUGUUGUUGUUGUUGUUUCUGACGCAGUUCGCAUCUCGUGCCAAAUUCUGUGCUAGUCAAAUGUGUAGUAACCACACUAAGUGUGUUACUGACUUCAUCUUUGGAUUGAUAGAGACAUAAACGAGUUUGGGAGAGAGAGGGGGGAGAGGGAUGUAGAUCUAUGUAGAUAAUAUCUGUAACUAAUUGAUUCGAUAUGAGAAAAAAGAAAUAAAAUGACUGUUUAAGGCAUUUUUAACAAAGACAACUAUUGAAGAACAUUUGACUGGUUUAGUGCUGCAUCCAGAUUUCAUUGACACACAGAAUAGGAGACCCUAGGACAUGUAGCUUAUUAGUGUGUAUACUAGCACUUAGAAACAGGCAAAAAUCAAUACUUUUACCAUAAUUUAUUUAUACUUAGAAAUACAAUUGAAACAUAACAAAAUCAUUCCAUUGUGGGAAUGAACACAAAAGGUUUAUAAUUUCCUAUAUGUAGGUUCUUCCGUUUUCUAGAAAUAAAAAGCAUUCCAGUGAAAAAUAAAGGUGACCACGGCCGUUGUCUGAUGACCCAGGUAUUCCUGUCCGAUGACACAGGUAUUCCUGUUCGAUGACCCAGGUAUUGCUGUUGCCCAACUUGAGUAAAUGGGAGAAUAGAAUGAUACAAGAGCUAGUUUGUUUGCGUGCUAUCUAGAUGUUGUUUUAGCUUUUGAAAAAGACCUAUCUCUUGGUACAGUAGGCCUGCUGAUAGUAAGUGUACUUGCUGUUCUGUAGACAUCAUUAGAUCUUCAUAUUUUACUUCUUGAUAUACUAAUUUCCGAGAAUCUCUUUUUCAUCUAUACAUAAAUUGUAUUGAAUUGAAAUGUACUGAGCAGUAUAUUUAUUUGAAAUAGAGACUGGUCCCAGGGGAAUUAUCGCCUUUAAAUUAUACUUGAUGCUUCAAAUAUCUUAGUUUUGAUAUGGUCUUUUUUCCCUAGCAAAUGUAGGCUAUUAAUAAUUGUUGAUUUAGAUACUUAGUUCUUAUCUACAAUGUUUGGUUAAUUUACUUGCAAUAAACUUGGAUAUAAAUUUCA